CCUAACGGCCAAAGCUCGGCGCUCUGCUGCUUCUUCUCCCAAAGUCACAGGUUCUCCUGUGACGGCGCCUUUUCGAAGGACGGCUCCAGCGCCGGCUCUGCCUCCAAGACAUUCAUUUAUGCAUCUUACACCAGAGUACGUCAUGGUCUUACCCUCACCUGUCUCACCUGUCUCACCUGUCUCAAGUCCUGCAAGCCCCCAGACGCCUCCCUCACCCAACCUGCCGUUGUCCAUGGCAAAGGAUAAGGAGACUCUGCCAGGAAAUCCCAAUGUUGUUCUUAUCAGCUUAGGGAAACUGCUCUCACAGGAAGGAGUGCAGCCCACAGACGGGGAGCCCGUGUCGUGCUCACAGUGCGGCUCAGUGCUGGGCAGCUGGCAGGAAAAGGAGGUGAGAGGUUGUUACUUCUGUGGGUGUGGGGAGUUAACCGGAGCUUCAGGUCAGAACGAUGAGCUCUUCCUGCUGAACCCGGUGGAACAGCCGCUCUCCGCUGCUGAUUCCCUGCUGCUCUUCUGCAUCGACGUCUCCGGCUCCAUGAGCAUCACCUCCAAGGUGCUGGAAGCGGGGCAGAAAAUCCACAAGUCCAGGCUCCAGUACGUCCAGGACGCUUUGCUGGAAUGUGUUCAGAAACUGAGCGACCAUCAGCCUGAGGUCCGAGUGGGGCUCAUCACUUUCAGCUACCAGGUCACGAUGCACGGCUGCGACCAUCUGCAGUCGUUUAAGCUGAGCGACGCUGAGCUGAAUGACAGCGGCCUUCUGCAGGCGGCCGCAGCAGCUUUUCCUCUUCCUCCUCCACUUUCACAGACCUCAGAGUCCUUACAGAGGCAGAUCUUAGGGUUAUCUGCAAAUGGAGCAACAGCUCUGGGUCCAGCUGCUCUCCUUGCCAUCACGGUGGCCUCCAGGCGGCCAGGCUCAAAGGUGAUUAUCUGUACAGAUGGAAAAGCCAACGCAAAGUUAGGCAAUCUAGAGGAGGAGGACAACGACGCUCACACCCUCCUGUCAUCCACCAUCUUCUACCAGGAGCUCGGGGAGCACGCCGCUAACCAGGGGGUGACCGUGUCCGUGUUGUCCAUCAAGGGAACCGACUGCCGGCUGGAUGAGCUGGGACGAAUGGCGGAUCGUACUGGAGGGAAGGUGGUAAUAGCCAGCCCCAACAAGCUGCACUCAGAGUUUGAAGAGAUCAUUCAAAACAGGACCGUAGCUACACACUGUGCAGUAACACUGCUGCUGCCCAAAUCUCUGCGGAUGAAAGGGGAGAGGGAGGCGGCUCACAAAGGGACCAGAGAGGUGGGGAACGUGAACACCGAUACUGAGGUCACCAUCCAGUUUGCAGCUGAUGACGAAGUGGCGCCGCCAGCUCCUGGCAGCCGCGUCUUCAUGCAGCUGCAGAUCAGAUACAAGAAGGACGGACGGGAUCUGCUCAGAGUGAUCACUGCGCAACGAGAAGUUACUGACGACAGCGCGGCGGUCCUGUCCUCCCUCUCCCUGGCCGUCAUCCAGCUCAACGCGUUUCAGGCCAGCGCCUCCCUGGCCGUCAGAGGCCGCUUCCUGGACGCCAGGACGGAGGCAGCCGUGCAGCAGCAGCUCAUUGAACGGGCAGUACAGCACAAUCAGAGCGCAGAGGACGAACAGACGUACGAAGAGUGGCUCAGAACCAUGGAGCCCAUAAACAAAAGCACGCAUAACCUAAUAAGGAGGAGCGACGUUAUAAGUGACUAUGAGUCUCUGACAGAUGCUGGUGCUGCCUUGCUCAUCACCAUGAAGCACUACAACAGGAAGUCCAUUUUACGGAGGGGGGACCCCCGGCUGUAGCCUGCGGCCUCCCUCCAGUUGGCCUCACCGCAAUAAACGUGUAUAAAAUAAAGGGUCCACCUUCUUAUUAUACUGAGCUUUUUAUUCACCGUGACACCCUGAGAUCUUAUGUAAAUGUAAUGAGUGUUAUAAAUAAAAUGCAUUACUAUUAAGACAGC